AUGUCGUCCCCCAAAAUUAUUGUGCAGAUAGCGAUCGCGGGCGCGCAGAUCCUGGGAAAGGCGUUCGUCGCAGCGGGCAGGCAGGCGAUCCAAAACGCGAAGCACCGACCACAGGCCGCGCUCGGGGGCGACGCCGCGGGCGUGCAGAACGCGACCUCGGGUUCGCACACGGACCGCCUCACGCGCGAGCACCGCAUGGCGCUCGACGAGGCGCGCCUUAUCCUCAACGUGAAGAAGGACGACCCCGCGGAGCUGCUGCACCAGCGCUACGAGCACCUCUUCAGGGCGAACUCGCCCCCGCCCCUCCCGCCAAAACCCCCAGGCUCGGGCACGGGUCGCGCACAGCCCGGGCCCGCGCACUCGCAUUAUCUCCAGUCCAAGGUCGUCCGCGCGCUGCAGCGGCUGCAGGCAGAGGCGAGCACGGGGGAGCACCCCACGCCCCCACCCCCACCACCGCCGUCGUCGAACCCUCCGCCGCCGCCGCCAUCAUAG